CAUAGCGAGCACAACCUUCUCGCCGACAUCAUCGUCAAGGCCGCGCCCGGCAGCAGUAACCGGCGAGGAUUCAACAGUUGCUGAAGGCGCAAGCAAGGAGGAUGACCAAGGGCCUGCUGGAGGCAAGACUGCCUUUCCCGAGCGCUUGCUUAUCUACCAUGGCGGCACGGGCAGUGAGUAAACUACCUUCCUCGCCUGUCUAAAAGUCACAACCCUUUUCCUCUUUGGCUUCUUCGACCUCUUCAUGACGCCAGCAUACCUCGCAGCUGGUCAACCGCUCCUUCAAACCGCCGGUGUCGCCGUCUGCGGCAUCGUCCCCGCGUCCUACGUGGCCUGGGUCACCUCGCCGUACGUCGCGUCGGUCCACAUGCACCUGCCGCCGUACGCGCGGUGGUCGCAGCAGAUCCUGGAGCGCUUUGCGAAAUCGCCGCCGCCCAACACGCGCCUCGACGUGACCACCAUCAGCCUGAUCGGCAAGCCGCGUGUCAGCUCCAUGACGAUAGCAGACCUUCGCCCGACCAACGAGCGCUUCGGCAUGGUCAACUUUGUCCGAGACACGACGCUGCUCAAUGCCAAGCGGCAGUGGUGGCGGUGGAGGGCCGUGGCUCACUUCAACGUCCAAGAGAACAAUCAUGGCACCAUCAAGACGGGGUGGGUGUGGAACGAGGUGGCCGGGGCUAUCAAGAAGAGAGCGGGCCUGCCGCGGCUGGGGAGCGAGUCAAAGGGGCAGCGAAAGCAAAGUAGUGAAUGAGUUUGUAAAUGGUAGUCUGCUCCUGUACAGUACAUUUAUUAUGUUUCGUGUAAUCAUAGCACUGGGAGAAAACAACGGUAGUUCC